AUGCAUCCAAGUGUCGGCUUGACCUUGCCAAGGUUGAUGCCCCCAGGGGGCUUACAAUUCAAUGGCAAAUAUGUUCCUGAAGGUUACAGAGUCGGCAUCAACGCUGCAGUGAUCCAUUUCGACCGAAAGGUUUUCGGCGACGACGCGCACCAGUUCCGACCGGAAAGCUGGCUCGAUCCAGCUGCUGCUGCCAACAUGGAUAGAUACAUGUUCCAGUUUGGUUACGGCACCAGAACAUGUAUCGGGAAGAAUAUCUCGUUGGCAGAAAUGCACAAGCUUGUUCCAACAGUUCUUACCAAACUGGAUAUUGAAUGGAAGGAUCCAGGAAGAAAUUGGUCAACAAAGAAUCAUUGGUUCGUCAAGCAAACCGGUAUCAACGUUCGACUGAAGAUGCGAUAUUAA